GGCACGGGAGAACUGUUUCAGGGAAAGGGAGACGGGGCGCAGGCAGACGGAAGGGUUUCUUCUGUAUUUUUGUCGCAUAUUCUUCAAAUUUAAUCGGGCGUGUGAAAUACAAUGUUUUUGUUUUAUGUUAGGUCAGCUCAAAUAGAAGGGUAUGGUUUCGAAGCGAGCGAAAGGAAAGAAUAGGCAAGAGCAAGCUAGGAGACUAUUUCCAAUGCAGCUUUCUUCGACUUUAACAGUUAUCUAAAUCGAGGUCAGGUAGAUCACAGAAGAAUCCUCAUGAUCUCCUAAGGGGUCCGAUCAAGUGAUUGACAACUUAAAUUUGGCAGAAAUGGAUGGAUGUCUGGCCAAGACACUUAAAUUACAAUUAGGAGUUCGUGGUCAUUGCAGAAUAUACGUUAAGGGUCAGUGGUUGACAUGGUAGUCCAGGUGACGAAGGUGACAUUGUCCUUGAAGUUUAGGAGAGGUGAUUGUGCGGAGGAUGGUGCAGUUGCAGUUUCGUGGGUUAAGCGUGGUAGCGGUGUGGGGAGGGUAAUGGUGUGUAUGAGAAUAUUAAAGGUGAUGGCAGUUGGGUUGGUUCUUGUGGAAAAUGAAAGGUCGUGGUAACAGAAGAGAAAUGCGGACGUGACAGAGUAGGGGAGAUGGUGUGGGAAGAUGACAGAGGCGGCGUUACAAAUCAAUAGUGGUGACGCUGCUCACUCCCGGAGACUGCUUGAUGUGAUAUCACUAGUUGGGAUUUCAAAAAGGCGUCAGUUAUACAGACAAUCAGCGCGUCAUUCUCCAGAUUACAGACAUCAAUGAUGAGCCCCCAUACUUCAUCAAUCGUCCCCUUCCAAUGCAAGCAGUGGUCAAACUCAAUGCUGCUCCGAACACACCAGUCUUCACUCUACAGGCUCGGGACCCUGACAAGGAUCAUGACAUUCAUUAUUUCCUUGUCAGAGAUCGAACUGGUGGAAGGUUUGAAGUAGAUGAAAAGUCUGGUGUAGUGAGAACUCGUGGAUCCGAGAUGUUCCAGCUGGACAUGGAGUAUGUUCUGUAUGUGAAGGCAGAAGAUCAGAAUGGAAGGAUUGACGACAAGCACUUCCAGGCCACGCCUGAGGAACGCCUUUCCAUUGUUGGUGGUAAGAGGCCACCACAAUUUUAUCUGCCAAAAUAUGAGAAGACCAUCCUUGAAAAUGCUCCCAAGGAUUCAGACAUCAUAUCAGUAAAAGCAAAAUCCUUUGCUGACCGUGAGAUCCGAUACACCUUGAAAGCCAAAGGUCAGGGAGCUGGAACUUUCAACAUUGGUCCUACAUCUGGCAUUGUUAAGUUGGCUAAAGAGCUUGAUUUUGAAGAUGUCCGUCAGCCUCACAUCUACCAGCUGGUUAUCACUGCAACUGAAGAUUCUGGUGGAUUCUCCACAUCUGUUGAUCUGACCAUCAAGGUAACAGAUGUGAACGACAACCCACCCAAGUUCGAUCUUCCAGAUUACCAGGCACAUAACAUUGAUGAAGACAUACCCAUCGGUUCUUCCAUACUCAAGGUCAAAGCACGAGAUGAUGACUCUGGAACAAAUGCUGAGAUUGUGUAUAGUGUGUCUGACGAUCACUUCCGAGUGGACAACAAAGGCAUAAUAUAUAAUAGAAGGACUCUUGAUGCUGAUGACAACAAUGCCUACUAUGAGUUUGUUGUCACUGCUACAGACAGAGGUGAACCUGCCAAGGCAGGAACUGCUACAGUGCGUAUCUAUACCAAGAAUAAGAACGAUGAAGAACCAAAGUUUUCACAGCAAGUAUACACUCCAAAUGUAGAUGAAAAUGCAGGACCAAACACACUUGUAACAACUGUUGUGGCUUCAGAUAAAGAUGGAGACAAUGUUGACUUUGGUUUUGUUGGUGCUAAUCGUAAUUCUGGUCAGUUUGUCAUUGAAAAAAUGACUGGUGUCAUCCGAUUGCACAAUGGCCCAAUCUCCCUCGACCGAGACAAAUACGAAUUGAAUGUUACUGCUGUUGAUGAUGGAAACUGUUGUCCAGGUGGCCAGCAAACCCGCCAUACAUCCACUGCUGUUGUUGUCGUCUUCAUCACUGAUGUGAAUGACAACAAACCAGUGUUCAAGGACUGUGCUUCAUACCAUGCCAAGGUUGAAGAGUCUGCCCCUAACGGUUCUCCAGUAAUAACUGUACAUGCAACUGAUGAAGAUAAGGGUGUUAAUGGACAGGUUCGGUACAGCAUUGUGCAGCAACCAAAUCAAAAGGGAACAAAAUUCACUGUUGACACAGAAACAGGUGAAGUAACCACCAACAAAGUGUUCGAUCGUGAAGGCGAAGACGGAAAGUUUGUGUCUGUUACAGUAAAAGCAACAGAUAAUGGAGACCCAUCAUUAGAGGGUGUUUGCUCAUUCACUGUAGAAAUUACAGAUAUUAAUGACAACCCUCCAUUAUUUGAUCGUCAGAAAUAUGUUGAAAAUGUCAAGCAGGACACAAAUGUGGGAACAAAUAUCCUUCGUGUUUCGGCUUCUGAUGAGGAUGCUGACAACAAUGGUGCCAUCAUAUACAACCUAACAAUGGCUACAAACCCUGAUGACCUGUCUUACUUUGAGAUCCAGCCAGAAUCAGGGUGGAUUGUUCUCAAGAAACCGCUGGACCGAGAAUCGUACCGGCUGACCGCCGUAGCUCAGGACCGUGGAUUCCCUCCACUGUCUCGCACGGUGGACGUUCAGAUUGAUGUAGUGGAUCGCGCCAACAACCCUCCUGUAUGGACCCAGUCCAUCUAUGGCCCCAUUUACAUCAAGGAAAACUUGCCAGUAGGGGCAGGAGUUAUCUCAGUGAAGGCCAGCUCUGGUAUAGAGGACAACCCUGUGGUUUUCUAUCGUAUCAUCCGAGGAUCAACAGCCCAAACGAACAAGCACGAUACCUUCUAUUUACAACAACGUCCAGACAAUGGUGACACCUGGGCAGAUAUCAAAGUUAAUCAUCCCUUAGACUACGAGAGUAUAAAGGAAUACAAUUUAACUGUGCGAGUAGAGAACAAUGGGCCACAACAACUAGCCUCAGAAGCUACCAUCUAUGUUGUGCUAGAAGAUGUGAACGAUGAGAUUCCUUUGUUCACUGAACGAGAACAGGAGACUGUACUUGAAGGAGAGCCCAUUGGUACCAAGGUCACUCAGGUCAAUGCUAUUGACAAGGAUGGAACUUACCCCAACAAUGAGGUUCUCUACCGCAUUGUCGAUAGUCCUCGGAAUGAAGGGAAGGACUUCUUUGAAAUCAGGGAACGAACAGGAGAGAUUUUCACUCGGGUAGAGUUUGAUCGAGAAGAGAAACAAGCGUAUGCCCUUGAAGUAGAAGCUCGAGAUGGUGCUGCAUCGGCUCGACCAAAUGCCAAUGGACGCCCCAAUACAGGUACAGGUGGUAUACACUCUGGAAAGUUGUCAGCAGUUUGUGACAAGUUAACUGGCUUACAUUUUGCAAAGUGGUCUGGUAACGGUGUAUGGGAGUCCAAUAUGGCGCGGCUUGACUAUCGUCUUUAUAUUAAGCUAGAAACAAACUUUCAGGAUGUUUUACGGAAGUUUUCUCCAAAGAAGAAUAUAAAGCAGACUGGGAUCAGAAAGUUUAACAAGUGA